AUGACUGCAACUGAAGCAACGAAUAGUUUAUUGGCAUUAAAACGGACAAUAUUUUCUCCCACAGUACCAGUUCCCAUUCUGGAAGACUUUAUUGUUAUAUGGCUUGAUUCUAAUAUUAACACCUCCGAUGAAUGUCUUGAAACACAAGUCAGACUACGAUCAAUUAUUAAUUAUUUGAAAGUAUUCGAUAAUACCAACGAAUGUCUGCUUUACCUAUCAUCAAUUAAAAACGAAAAGAUAUUUCUAAUUGUAUCUGGUGCAUUGGGUGAAAUAGUCGUUCCAUUGUUACAGAAUUCACCACAAAUUUUGUCAAUAUUUAUCUUUUGUGAAAAUAAAGAGAAACAUGAACAGUGGUCCAGAAGUUAUUCGAAUAUUCAUGGUAUAUUUACGAAAUUAAGUGCUUUGCUGAACGAUCUUGAACAAGAUGCGUUAUUACAUAAAGUCGACAUGACACCAAUGAGUGUAUUCAACGUAAAUGCAACGGAAGCCUCUGUUCGAGAUUUAAAAGUGGAAAAUGCGUCGUUCAUGUGGUUUCAGUUAUUGAUUGAUAUAUUACUACGGCUGCCACAAAGCGUUAAUGCCAAGAAAGAUCUACUCGAUGAAAGUCGUGUUUAUUAUCGAAACAACGAAAAAGAACUUGAAAAAGUUGAUGAAUUUGAAGAAUACUAUGAGUCAACCAAUGCAAUUUUUUGGUAUACACGUGAUUGUUUUCUAUUUCGUCUUUUAAACAAAGCAUUACGUACACAAGACAUUGAUAUUAUAUUUAAAUUUCGAUUUUUUAUAACUGAUCUGUAUCAACAAUUAAAGGAAUUACAUUCGACGUAUAUUCAAUCGUUAUCAACAGAUAAAGUAGUAGUUUAUCGAGGUCAAGGCAUGACACGAGAAGAAUUAGAAAAAAUAGAGAAAAAUGUCGGCGGUCUAAUAUCAAUGAAUUCAUUUAUAUCAACAACACUUGACAAAAAAGCAGCAAGUGUGUUUGCGGGUCCUAAUCGAACAGAUAUGGAAGCCGUUCUAUUUGAAGUAGAAAUUUCUAAUAUUAAAAGUCAUAAACCAUUUGCCGAUAUUAAAAAAUUUAGUAAUAUGGAAGAUGAAGAAGAAAUUUUAAUAUCAAUCGGUUCUGUCUAUCGAAUUUUAUCAGUUGAACAAACGGCUGAUUUAUGGUAUGUGAAACUAUUAAUGAAUGACAAAGAAGAUAUGGCAUUAAAAGAACUCAUUCAAUAUUAUAAAGAUGAUAUUGGUGAAGAGACAACAUUAAUCACAUUGGGUGAUUAUCUACUUGAUCUUGGUGAAUUCACUAAGGCUGAACGGUAUUAUACAUUAUUAUUAAAGGAAUUACCAUUGACAGAGCAUCCUGAUAUUGAACAAAUUUAUAAUAAUAUCGGUGUUAUCUAUUGUAAUAAAUGUGAUUAUGAAAAUGCAUUAAAAUACCAUCAUAUGACUCUUGAACUUCGAUUAAAAUAUUUGUCUGAUGAUGAUUCGUCCCUCAUAUUAACGUAUGCUAAUAUUGGCAGUGUAUAUCAUAUGAAAAAAGAUUACUUAAGAGCUUUAGAAUAUCAUCAGAAAGCAAUAUCAAUUUGGCUACAAUCAAUUGAAGAAUUAAAUCAUCCAACUUUGGCUUCACUCUAUAAUAAUAUUGCUGAAGUCUAUCGUGAACUAGAAAAUUACAACGAAGCAUUAAGUUAUUUUUAUAAAACACUUUAUAUAAAUUUAAUCUGUUUACCACUAAAUCAUCCUGAUUUAUCUACAAAUCAUAAUAAUAUUGGACUCAUUUAUAAACAACAAAACAAUUAUCUUCUGGCAGCUGAACACUUUGAAAAAGCUCUGCAAAUACAAUUAAUAUCAUUACCAGACAAUCAUCCGUCGUUUCUUUCUAUUUAUAAUAAUAUAGCACAACUUUAUAAUGAACAAUGUUUAUACACCAGAGCAAUAGAUAAUUUCGAAAAAGCUUAUAAAUGUCAAGUGAACAUUAUACCAUUUGACCAACAUAAUUUAGCAGAAAUACAUAAUAAUGUUGCAUUUUGUUAUGAACAAAUGGAUAACUAUCAAAUGGCAUUUGAAAAUUAUCAAAGUGCGCUUAAUAUUUAUAUACCACUAAAUGAUUAUUUAUCAAUGAGUAUGAUAUAUAAUAAUAUGGGUACACUUUAUACGAAACAAAAAGAGUUGGAUAAAGCGUUCGAAUUUUAUCGUAAAUCGCUUCAACUAUUAGAAGUUUUACCUGAUACUGAUUUACAUGUAGAAAUGGUUAAAAAUGCCAUAAAAAAAAUUAAACCGGAAGACAUAUUCCGUCAGGAGCCGAACUCCAAGAGUAAUGUGGGCACGACUUCAAAUUCCGCCAUAAAUCGACAAUCUCGUGGGCGGGAUAAUCGCUGCAGAACAACGGCACAGAGACGGCGGCGCUGGUGCGCGUGUUGGUGA